UCAUCGAACCGACUCGCCGACUGAGCUAUCUGACUGUAAUAUACCUUUUUUUACAAGUGUAACUCGGUGUUCGACUUGUCGGGUGUUGAGUACUAGUGGGGUAACAGGUUAUGGCACCGUUCACGGACGGCAGAGCUGUGUACCGAAGUCAUAGCGGAUAGUGUGAUUCACAGGAUUGCGGUUUGCUUAUUUCGUUCUAUAUGUCAUGAGUUGUCGAACGUCAACGAGAGGUUGUGUAACCAUGUUAUAAAGCGUUAGUGCUUGGGGUUAUCUAUUGUAAAGUGACGCAGAAUAAUAUAAGAAGAAGAAGACGGAAAGCCAUGGAACACUUCAGUGGACAAGAUGAUUUUUUAGAGAAUAACCUGCUUUCACCUGAGGAUCUGCGUUUCGAUGUCGUCGACGAUGGCGAACCUCGAAGUCGAUGUGCUGCCAUAUUGGGCAUUCGUUGUGAUCGCCGAUGCGCUUCGUGCGAGUCUCAGGAUGAACGACUUGAUGAUCUUGAGCUACGGGAUGCUAAUGAUAUCAGCAUCAAUGAGAAUGACGGAAAAUGGAAUCCGCUUACGGAGGAAGAUAGAGACCUAGUUUUCUCAACUAUAAAUAACAACUUGUCUUUGGCAGAUCAGCUUAUAACAGGGCCGAAAAUCCACCAUUCAGAAUCCAUUGUAAUGUCAGAUCGCGCGAAAAUCUCUAAUCUCCUAUGUCGCUCGAAUGCCACAAGUCUGAAUAGAAAGUACACGUCUUUGUCAGAGUUAAAGGUUCCGAGGAGACUACUGAUCAGACAACAGGCUGUAGUCAACAAGGGAACAUAUACAAGGUUCGGUGUAUCCACGAACGACAACAGCAAUCUCGUUGAACAACAUAAAACUGACUCUUCUGAAGAUGCGUUGAGGAUUGAAAAAAAGGAUAUCAUUCAAGUGUCUACACCUGUUGUUGCUAACAAUAAAUUUGGAAGUGACAUGCUGACGAACGGGGACCAUCACGAUGGCAGUUGUUCCCCAGAUCAACUUACGAGUAGCAGCAGCGAUUCAGGUCUCUCAGGAGGUGAAUGGGCCGAAGGCGGUGAAAAUACUGAACUCAGCUCAAUUGCUACAUCAUAUUGCCAUAAAGCGGGACAAAGACCGUAUCUACGUGUGGGUUCCAGUAGUACACAGUCAUUGGAAUAUGUGCGGACGUCCGUUGAUAGCGUGUCCGAUGGAAGUCACGAUGAUGACAUUAUGAGGGACUUGCUUCAGAGUUGUCCUCAGCAUGAUAUUAACGGAAGUAGUAUGGCAUCCCAUUUGAGUUCCACUACCACUGGCAGUUUUCAACAACAGCCACAACAACAGAAUGCGUCCCAACAGCAGCCAGCAAUUCAUUUUAGUCAUCAGAUUGUGCAAGUGCCCCUUGUGCAACAACAAAAUGUUCUGCGCACAGGACAGCAUCAACAACAAGUAACUUGUCAAUUACCAGCAACUUUAUUACAAGCAGCUGACACUGCACAGGUUGGACUGGUCACGACCAAUCCAACAAUGUUCAUUCCUGUCGGACCUCAGAGUACGAUGAUUCCUGUGAUGACCGCUACUACCGCUAUGCCUUUUGCAUCUUUGCAACAGCAAAAUAAAGAAAUGCGUCCGGCAAAUAUAAAACAGGCCACUCGGGCUCCAACCCCUCCACAACAGCGUUCAUUGCUCCGGAUGCCUCCAGGAACAAUAUCAAUGGAGGACGCCCUUGCAAGAAAGCGUCAGCGGAUGAUUCGCAACCGAGAGAGUGCCCUUCAAUCACGUCAAAGACGAAAAGAGCAAACCCAGCUACUUCAAGAUGAAGUUGUAUCUCUUCGGUCUGAAAAUAUACACCUGAAAGAUGAAAAUGCAAAUCUCAAACUAAAAAUAGCAGAGCUGGAAGGUCGAUUGCGUGCUGCGACAUCGAAAGGAGCUGUGUUAUGUGUGCUUGGUCUUGUGGUUAUAUUUAACUUAGGAUUAGGUUCGCCUCGUGAAACAAGCCAGUCUCUUGUCCUUAAAGGCCAUAUCACGGAUCCUCUCGACGAGCGCAUUUCACCAGUUCAGACGGCGGUUGCAGCUGCUGUGGGUGAAACAAGGCAUCCGAUUUCUGUGAACAGUCGACAUUUACUUUGGAUGAAUGAGACUCGUGGGAUUGAAGAAUUGCCGUUUGCAGAUGGCUUGGCAAAAGGCAAACCUGGUUGUGGCAGCCAAUGGGUGAAUUCAACGGAAUCUCUUCGAGUACAAGAGUAUUUGAGUCGCUGGGCUUCUCGAGCAUGGGCUUUGGCAUCUGGGAUUCCUCAAGGCACACAGUUUACUGAUGGCCUGCAAUCCCCGCCUUUUCUACGUAGUUCCACUUCGUUUUGGCCUAGCCUACUAAGCGGUCUCGAUGCCGAUCCCAUACGCACAAUUGAAGAAGGGCCCCGUGCAUCAUCCGACGGGUCGUCUGUGGCUUCAAAAGAGCUCCCAUUACCUCCUUCAUGGCCUUCACGAGCUCUCUUAAAUGAAGUACGUAAGCGCAACGAUACCUUCUACCUGCUUGCUUUCUCAGGACCACCAGAUACGGUUUUACUCAGCGCUCGUCAGGCUAACUCUACUGCUCGGCCCAAAAUUGCGCUCCUAAUGCCGGCGAUAGCUUCAGCUAAAAAUGAUACAAUGAAGAUCCCGCCAGGCCGCGUAGCCGUAAUGCAAAUAGACUGUGAAGUGGUAAACACGAAGACGCUCUAUAUGCGUAGAUCCCUUUUGCCCAAGAAUGUCCAAGUAGCCGCGGGCGGUACCCAACACAAGCAUAACCUGCGCCAACAAUCUAAAACAAGCUUCACUACUGCUGCGAAGAAACAGCGCAGAAAACCUUAAUCAAUGAGCUGCUUGCGACGAUCAAACGCGGCCAAAAAAGAGCCCGAGCAGAAUGCAGAAUGUCGUACACCUCAUGUUCUUUAAAAUUCAAAAUGCACCGUUUAUCUAGAAAUAAGUAGCCCAUACAUUUUAUGAAAUUUUUAUGCUAGCAUGUUGCAUCCUACUAAUUUCUUGAAAAUAUGGCUUGGAACACGCCCUAGUUGGGCGAUAUCGAUCACUACCAUUUUUUCCGUAUUUUGUAUUCAAAAGCAUAUCGAUUUAAAUACAUUUUAAAACAUUUCAACACAACGCGUAAGUUCGAAACUUUUAUAUGUAAAUAUUAUGUUAUGAACACCCUCAUUGUUGCUUAUAGCUGGUGUUAGGCAAUAACAUGCUACUAACGAAAGCCGAAAUAUAUCUCAAAUAUCGUAUAUAAGCUAAUCUAUGUAUACAUUACGAAGGAACUGAAUUAAACUUAUUAUUGUGGUGAUAUUGUAAAAGGGGCAAAAAAGGACAAACUUCUAUCUAGUCUUACUCGGGUGCAUUUCGACUUGGAUAUGAUGAUCAAAUUUAGUUCGGUUGCUACGUCAUACUUUUUAGACAGUCGAUACAAAUAAAUGAUAUGGGAUAAUAACUCGCGGACUAAUCACCUACCAAACAAUUUUGGUUAUGGGAAGUCACACAAGCUGUGCAGUAAACGUUCAAGGAUAUCCAUGAUCGCAGAAAAUUAAUACGUAAUUACUUAGUUAAGUUAAUGCAAAAUGCAAAUAGGCACUCUAACAUCUAGUGUGAGAACAUCUAGUGUGGAUCCUAAUCUAUUGAAAUGGUGCUUAUUAGCUGGCCUUGCCAGAUGACGUCUCAAGCAUAAAAACAAACCAUGUUCCCUUAAAGGAUGGCUAUGGCACUUGAAUAUAUCGGUUAACAGCACCGACUCAAAGUAAAAACUUCAUACCAGCGACACUCUUCGUGUAAUUAUCGUGACUCCCGACGAGUCAUUAACAAAAGCAUAUGAGCUGUUACUACAAGUGUCUUACCAGCAUUCUUUCGUUGCAAUAUUUCAUAUGACUGUGAUAGUAGAAAUACAUAUACUAGAAAAUGUUCCAAAGGUUUUUUAUGUCUUCUGUGAAACGUGAGCUUGUAUGGAACAUCAGUUUUUCUAUUAUAUGUUUCUGUUCACUUCAUACACUUAAAUUCGGCGCGCAUUUAAAAAAAAGUAGACUUGCGGCAGAGCUAAUCAUAUAGUUAUUAUAUAUAUCAUAGCCAUCAUAUAGUUAUUGUACCCUAUAGACAUUAUACUUUGGCAAUGUACUUUAUAGACGAUGCAGUUAAGAGCCUUCCUCUUUUUUAAUGCACUGGGAUUUCUAUGUAAUCUCAGCCAAACUGUAUUAUUUGUGCAUAAAAAGCUAGCUAGGUACGAUUGCUUGGGUUGCAUUUAUUAUUUGGUUGCCUUAAACUUACGAGAUCGCUAAAAACUGUAUUCACCGUCAUCCUAUUGAAUUUAAGUACAAGGGUUCAUUUCUUCAGGUUAUUGUUAUAGUAUCUAUGAAACUUACAGGGAUCGUGGCAUUGGUCAACGCACGUAUUCUUAUUGUAAUUGACAGAAAUACAUGAACGUGCAUCUUCACUUGCCACAAAAACUUUCGUAGAUGCUAAGUCGACGAGCUUUCUCUCUAAAAAUAAUUUGGCAUCGUUUUUUAAUGAAGUCAAAAAAACUUUCUCCGACUGUAAUCGACUAAGAAGCUACGCUGAAAUAGAAACUAAUUUAAAGCAAGGAACAAUGUAAUGAGAGCCGACAUCGACAGAAGUGAGUGCAAAAAAAGAGUAUCUUAUUUUCGUCGCUCCAAUUUUGUCUAUCUGAUAGCGAGAAUUGUGCGUUCGGCUGAGCAUGCUGUUCACGUUACGAACCAACAACUGAGAUUAAUUAUAGGCAUACCGUGCCAGCUUCUUGUCGGCUUAAGAGGCUUACAUCGAGGUAUCAUCAAUAGGGCGUCAAUAGAACAGCACCGCGUUUACAUUAAGAUUAGGUAAUACUUUUUCUUGGAGAUCUUUUCCAGCCAGCUUUUCCCCGAUUAAAGGAGGAUCCAUUGCUUCAGCACAUGCUAAACGUAUUCACUAUUCUGCAUAACCUGGCGAUAUGGUCAUGUUGGUAUACGUAACGCAACAAUGAUCAAAAGAUUGUCAAUUCUACGUUGGGUAUUAAUCCGAUUCGUGUUUUUGGUUCAUAGUUCUUUGCACGCUCUACUCUGCUUUCGAAUAGUAUUGUUUGAGAUCUUGCAAGUUGUCCACUUAGAAUUAGUUAUACAGGUAUGCUAUGUGUAAAACUGAUGACACGCAAAAACUAUAGCAAUUAUCUCAGGGUUAUCGGUGGUUGUGUCGAAGGAAUUUCGAUUAGAUGAAUGUGAUAAGCUAAAAUGUUUAACCAAUAUUCGCUAUGUAAUUUUAACAAAUAUAGCAGUCGUUUAGAGAUUUUAGAUGGCAUAUACAAUAUAAACAAUAGUGUUUAUGUACGCAUUUGACGUCUGCGCCAGAAGUGCAAUGGAGUCGCCAUAUUUUACGCUUAUCGUUUUUUCCGUCACUGUAUUCAAUAUACGAAUAUGAUUAUCAUAUAUUAUACGCAGUUAUUAUUAUAAAACUGGAUAUACAAAUAUACCUAUAUAAUUGUUCAAAUGGAUACUUUUUGGAGAUGCGUUACAAAGUCAUUUAAACAUAGAAGUAGAGAAUAUAAGUCUGUCUAACAAAAUAAUAUACACGUAAUUAAUAAAGAGAAGU